CUUAGUUUAAGUACAAAAAUAUAUGUGUAACCAUUAAUUCAUUAGGCAACCAAAAUGAAUUUCAGUUUAUCUAGCACUCUAGUUGUUCAUGACAUGCACACUUCUAAAGCAAUAUUUGUUAAAAUCCUGAACUAUUUUGGUUAUACAGGGGAUACAGGAAUGGGACUGUGUUGUACCGAAUGGUGCUGAUCAUUGCUAGUCCCAUCUUCACACAGCAGCGAGCAUGUGCUCGCUGAGGCUCUGGAACCCCAGAUACACAGUAGUAGCAGUCCCCUAAGAUUUUUAUUCUCAAGCAGUCAUAUUCCUAAAAAUACAAACAUUGUAAUCAUCAGCACAAGUCUUAGGUCUUUAUUAUCUUAAAUGAUUAAGCUCUAUUUGAAGCACUAACUUUAAAAAACAAAUGAUAUAAAUUGAAAGCUUACAUCGGCUAGUCGGUCAAAACGUCCAAAGAGCUCAUUGAGUAAGCGCACUAAUUCCUGAGCAGACAUGUUCAUGGAUAACAGAGUGAAGCCCUUUAUAUCAGCAAAGAGGAUACUGGGAAGAAAAGAUAAUGAGUGUAGAAAUGAUGAGAAAUAACAGUAAGAAAUUUGUAUUAUUUUUCAUUACAAUCGAAACUGCUAACAAUAUUCAGUGUAAAGGCUUACUAUUUUUAACCGUUUUUCUGAUCUAAACCAAUUGAAUUGCAUCUUGCCAUGAGUUCCAAAUCCAGUGGCAUUAAGGCUUUGCUUUUGAAAACCAAAUUAUAUCACCUAGAAAAUACUAUCACUAAAACAUUCCUUGUUAGAAGCUAUGAGAUACCUGACAUCUUUGUACUGAUGGAUAUAUAUUUUGUGAAAUUGCUGUGGAUCAAGAUCAUCAUCCAUAGAAGACAUAUCGGCAAUCAUCUCCAAGGCAACAAAGCGGGGCAGGAUAGACAGCACCAAACGCUCCUGAGGAGGAAACAAAAGCUGACCUGAGUCUCUAGUUUCAUGCGGCCUUCAAUGCAGCGGCGUGUCUCAAGAAAGGCUUGUCUUUGGGACCGGUCAGUCAGAAUGCAGCAAAAGAAAGUCAUGGGCAAAAUACCUACACAAUCUAUAUUCCAACUUGGCGAUGAAGGAGAGAAGAGAGAAGAACACGUUUUUCUGAUUCAUUGAGCUGAGAAGUGAUCAACAGAUUGCCACGCCGAAAGCGAGAAGGAAGCUCAAGUUGCACAAAUUGGAUUACUUACUCAGCACUCAUGCCCUGGCUACUCAAAGCAUCUAUCACUGACGUCACAUGAUGCACAGUAGAGAAGACCUGAGCUAACAAGAGCCUUUCAGGGUCAGAGUUGUCCUGUAAGGAUCUCAGAGGAAGUGUCUGAGUCUGAAUCACUGUGUGUGGAAAGACCGUCAUUCACAGAAGAAGCAGUGAGUGAAUACGAGUCAUUUAUCAUGUUUAUUUUGGCUCGCUGAUUGAGAAUGAGAACACCAUUUACCAGACUAUGCAGCUGAAAACAAGCGCGGUAGGCCCUACACCAUCCUGCGGUUUUCCUACUGUGAGUGAGCGGAAAAGAGCGUUCUAGUUUGGCGUGAAGUCCGGUUUUGGACCGCUGGACGCCGGUGAGCCGUAGUAACCGCUUGUGUGCAAGCGCGACAUCUGGCGUAAAAAGUCAUCAUGACAGAUAACCGAAGGACGAUAUUUCGGUGACUUUAAGAGUUGUAUGUGAGUCUUGGAGCGGGUAUUCUUAUGCUCAUGGCUGUCCCUGAACCUGUUGCCACUCGGAGGUUGGCACUGGACUGUCGUACCCUGCUGGAUCACCGCCCGAGUCAUGGGGUGUGUGGUUGUUGUGGAGCGCUGAGGCCACGCUACAAGAGACUGGUGGACAACAUCUUCCCUGAAGACCCUGAGGAUGGAUUGGUAAAGGCCAACAUGGAGAAGCUGACUUUUUACGCUCUGUCGGCUCCAGAGAAGUUGGAUCGGAUUGGGGCGUACCUGUCUGAGAGACUGUCUCGUGAUGUAGCUAGACACCGUUAUGGGUAUGUGUGUAUUGCGAUGGAAGCUCUCGACCAGCUGCUAAUGGCCUGUCACUGUCAGAGUAUCAACCUGUUCGUGGAGAGUUUCCUGAAGAUGGUGCGGAAACUCCUGGAGGCAGACAAACCCAACCUGCAAAUCCUGGGAACAAACUCUUUUGUGAAGUUUGCUAACAUCGAGGAGGACACCCCCUCGUAUCAUCGCAGUUACGAUUUCUUUGUGUCGCGGUUUAGUGAGAUGUGCCAUUCCACCUAUGAGGACCCCGACAUCCGCACCAAAAUCCGAAUGGCUGGCAUCAAAGGUCUACAGGGAGUAGUGAGGAAGACUGUAAACGAUGAGUUGCAGGCGAACAUCUGGGACCCUCAGCACAUGGACAAGAUCGUCCCCUCACUGCUCUUCAAUCUGCAGUCUGGUGAACGUACAGAGAGUCGCUCUCCCUCCCCGCUGCAGGCCAGUGAGAAGGAGAGAGAAAGCCCAGCCGAGCUGACGGAGCGCUGCUUUCGGGAACUGCUGGGCCGGUCCGCCUAUGGCAACAUCAAGAACGCAGUGACCCCUGUGCUUAUGCAUCUUGAUAAUCACUCGCUGUGGGAAGGCAAAACAUUUGCAGUGCGCUGCUUUAAGAUCAUCAUGUACUCCAUUCAGUCCCAGCAUUCUCAUCUGGUCAUCCAGCAGCUCUUGGGUCAUUUGGAUGCCAACAGUAAGAGCUCGGCCCCAGUGCGUGCUGGGAUAGUAGAGGUCCUUCUGGAGGCGGCUGCCAUCGCUGCCAGUGGCUCUGUUGGUCCCACAGUGUUGGAGGUUUUCAACACGCUGCUCCGGCAUCUGAGGCUCAGUGUGCACUAUGAGCUCACAGGAUCCUACGACUGCACUAACAUCGGCACCAAAAUCAUCAAGGAGCAUGAGGAGAGACAGCUACAGGAAGCGGUCAUCAGGACUAUCGGCUCAUUUGCAAACACGUUACCGACGUACCAGCGUUCUGAGGUGAUGCUCUUCAUCAUGGGAAAGAUCCCUAUUCCAGGAAUGCAUCCCACGCUGCCCUCUACAGGCUCAGGGCCUGAGAGCAACCGAAUGAUCCAAAUCAUGCUGUUGAAGUCCUUGAGACAGGUCACAUGUGGUUUCCAGACAACCAACAUGCUGACAGCUCUUCCCAACUCUUUUCUGGACCCACUGCUGUCGUUUGCUCUGCUAGAAGAUGCAGAAAUUCGACUGUUGGUGCUGGAAAUACUGGUCAGCCUUAUCGAUCGCCAUGACAACCUCCCCAAGUUCUUCACCAUCAGUAUCAUCUCUGAUAUCUCUGUGCUUAAACUCAAAGUGGACAAGUGCUCACGUCAAGACAACCUCUUCAUGAAAAAGCAUGCCCAGCACCUGUAUAGACACAUCUAUCUGUGCAGUAAGGAACAGAGCAGCGUGCAGCCUCACUUUGAGAAGCUCUACUCACUCCUGGCACUCGUCAGCAUGGAGCUGGCCAACGAAGAGGUGGUGGUGGACCUGAUCCGUGUGGCGCUCGCUCUACAGGACUUGGCUCUGAGCAGUGAGGAGAUGUUACCGGUGUAUAACCGCUGUGCUGUUCAUGCUCUGUCUUCUGCUUACCUCAAUCUCAUCAGUCAGCUCACCACAGUUCCAGCGUUCUGCCAGCACGUUCAUGAGGUGAUUGAAAUGAGACAAAAAGAAAGUCCUUACCUGUUACCUGAGGAUGUCUUCAUUGAAAACCCAAAGAUUCCUAAGACACUGGAGAAUCUGGAAGGAGAUUUGUUGUUCCAACAGGCCAAGAUAACUGAGGUUCUUGGAGGAAGCGGCUACAACACUGAGCGACUAGCUACACCUUAUGUCCCACAGUUCACAGAUGAGGACCGGCUGUCCAAAAGAAAGAGCGUUGGAGAAACAAUAUCUCUGCAGGUGGAGGUAGAGUCCAGAAACAGUCCAGAGAAAGAAGAGAGAACACCAGCUGAAGAAAUCACAUUCGAAACACUAAAAAACGCCAUCGUGGAUAGUGUAGGCGUGGAGGAACAGGAGAAAGAACGCAGGAGACAGGUGGUUGAGAAGUUCCAGAAGGCCCCCUUUGAGGAAAUAGCUGCCCACUGUGGUGCCAGAGCUACAAUGCUGCAGAGCAAACUUAAUCAAAUCUUUGAAAUCACGAUCAGGCCUCCUCCCAGUCCAUCUGGAACCAUCACAUCAAGUUACGGCCAAACCCAGAGUCGCUCUGUCCCCGUUUAUGAGAUGAAGUUCCCGGACUUGUGCGUUUAUUAGAGCAGCUCAACUCAGGAUUCAGAAACCUUCAGUAGCAGCCAGAGGUGCAGAGAGCUGGAGGGUUUUAAGUAUUAAAUUAUAUUUUGAUGUUUUGUAAUACAGGAAAACUAAGAGGUCAGCCCUCCUCUAUACUAGAAACCUCAUCGCUGUAUUGUCCCCUGUUCCCCUGUCUACAAGCUGACUAUUAAUGAAAGGAUUUUGAACAUUUGGAUUCCUGAUUUAGGAUCAGUACACAUUCAGUUUUCCCUGUUUUCAAAUAUUUUCCACAUAUUGGUUGAUACCCUGCACUUCUAUAAUAAAAUCAGCUAAAAAAAAUAUGUAUUUGCAGCAAAAAAAAUCCAGCUGAACUGAGGUGAAAGACCUGAGCAUACCUUGGUCAUAUUUAUAAUUAAAAGCAAAAGAAAGAAAUAAUAUAUUUUGAAUAAACAAAACUUACCAAGCUUCAGAACCAUUAAGAUUAUUAACAUUGUGACAUUAUUUUCAUGAUAAUCAAACAUAAAAAUAGUUGAACUGUAAAUGAUUUACACAUUAGGAAUUAUGUCUUUAAUUAUGCUUAUUGUAAUGCUGAUUUCAAUUAAAAUGAUUGCAUUAGUUAUUUAUCGUAAUAUAAUAAAACUACAGGAAUUGCACAAUUUGUACAGUACAAAGUACAAAAUUAAAUUAAAUUAAUUAAAAAACGUAUUACAGUAUUAAGACUGAUGAUAUUUUUUAAUUGUCAUAAAAAUAAUGUGAUAAUGUAAAAAAAAAUUAAUGCUCAUAAGUUGGUUUCUAUUUUAAUUUGAUAAUAUUUCUGUUAGCUUCACCUUUAUUCUUUUUAAAGUGGAGUUUCAUAGGUCUAUAGUGAGAAAAAGGGGAAACUGUCAUCUCAUACAUUUUGACAAAUCAAACAAAUGACCUUUCUACCUAAGUGCAAUCAGUAUCAGUGAGGCUCAGUAGUUGCACAAAAUGUCUCUCAAAUGAUUUUCACUUGGUGCUAAUUUCUGUUCCUAGUAGUUUGAGCCUUUAGUAAAUGAACUUUUUAUUGGUAGUUUAUGCAUCUGCAGAUAUCUGGCGUUCAGAUCACUGGAGGUGAUGUCUGUCUUCUGCUUGUGUUACAUUGUAAGAACAGUUGUUUCUAAGGAGCUCCAGUGCUGAAGGAACUAUUUAAUUAGAACUCUUUUAUUUAUCUAACCAUACUCAUUUGCUUAGCAUCUGUAGCCUGCUACGUUGUGCUUAUUUUUGAGUGCUUCCACACUCAAAUUCCACUUUUAAUUAUUUUUUUGUAAGCUGAAGUAUAAUUUUUUAUUAUGUAUAUAAGGUUGCAUACAAGAUAAAUAUAUAUAUAUAUAUAUAUAUAUAUAUAUAUAUAUAUAUAUAUAUGUAUAUGUAUGUGUGUGUAUAUAUAUACACACACACACACACACACAAGUAAAUAAAUGUUUAUUUGUUUUAGAUUGCUCUGGUUUAGCUCAGUGUGCAUGUUUGUGCAUUUUCCCAAGAAGAACUAAGCAGCAUGAUCUCUCCAUUUUGAAAGUGUUUGCAAAACUCAUAAUGGCAGAUUUGUUUUUGUGAUUGACUGCUAGCUUCAGGGUUCAGAAACAAAUGAAGAAAAAACAGUCCGUCAGGAACGCCAGCACUGUCAUGCAUCACACUCCUGGUCAAACUAUUUUUUUUAAGUUCCAGCUGUGUCUUCUGAAUUACAUGAUGCUCUACAAAUAUUCCAGAUCAUGCAGAGACCGAUAUUUCACUUGCACUUUAUUUUACAGUACGUGUACUAACAUGUACUUAUAGUGUACUUACAGUGUAUUUAUCUAAGAAAAUUCUGGUAACACAAGGUAACUACAAUGUGGUAGGGUUAGGUUUAGGGGUAGGUUCAGGGUUAGUACCUAGUUAUUACAUAGUUAUUGUAAUUACUAUAAUAAGUACACAGUAUGUACAUGAGGAACAGGACUGUAAAAUAAAGUGCUACAGAUAUUUCAGUGCUGAUCUGUGUGUCUAAAGACAGUUGAAUAUUUUAAGGGUAAUAUACAGCCGGUGGUUUAUUUUACAGUUUUGACCACCUGACUGUACAUUAUCCUGCUUAGUACACCAAAUAAAUAAAUAUAUGAGCAUAACACUUUAUUCUUAUGUUGAAAUUAUUCAUCUUAUUUGUCGAUUAGCUUACUUGUGUUAUAGUUCAUUAUAAAAUAGAAAACAGUCUGCACAUAGCAACAAGGCAAGCAGUGCAACAAUAUUACAAUAUUAAUUUAUAUAUUAUUUUCCAACUAAUAAUAAAUCCCAAGUUAUUUUUUGUUUGGACUAGUUAGCUUUUAUUUAACAAGUCUUCCACUAUUUUAAUUUCUGGCUCAUCCGGUUCAUUGUUCUUUUCAGAUAAAAAACUUACUCAAGAAUACUCAAGAACCUAUUUUAGAGUCCUGUUAAUAAAUAAAGUAUAAAAAAAAUGCUUAUGUUCGGCCAACAUGUUGUGUGCAUUUAGUCCCAUUUUUUUGUGUGGAGUGUUUUGUAUGGCUGUGGAUUUUAACAGUGCCAUGAACUGAACUGCUGUGCUUUUUAUGUCAUCAGUUGGUGACUGCAUACAGUAUAUGUUUUAAGUGUUGCUUUACAUGUUUUUUAAGAUCAUAUAACAGUAGGCCAAGUAUGACAGCAGAUUAAAUAAAUAUUAAUUUGUAUUUCACAGACUGAUCAUAGAUAUUAUAGCGAUCCAAGGAAAAUGACCAGAUACCUAAGCUGUAAAUGCUAUAAUGCCUGUAGUCACUAGUGUCUUUAUCAUAGUAGACCAUUGCUGUUCUCAGUAUGAUUAGUAUUAAAUGCAUUUGUUAUUUAAAUCUAAUUAAUUCCCUUGAAAUGAAUCUGAAGUAUAGCUCUUGCCCUGGUAAUAUGACUGAUAUAGAUGCUCAGUAGUUCUGUAAAUGCAUCUCACAUUUCUUCAGCAUUGUAGUUCAGUAAUGAAUUUAAUGUUUUGCAGGAAUUAGUUUCAUUAAUUUCUGGGCUGUGAGUGACAUGUCAAAGUUAGUAAUGAAUUAUAAUCUCUCUGCAAUUCAAGUGUCAUUUGAGCUGGAGUCUUGAAAUGGAGAGCUCUGUUCAUGUGUAGCAUUGAUGAAAUAUCAGUCACAGUGUCUCCAUUUCUUUUUCUAAGUUAUGUUCUGUCUGGAUGAAAGUUUUCCCCAUGAAUUGUUUGUGGUUAAACUGCAAGUAGACAAUAAAACAUUUUUGAUACAA